AUGUCCCUGUUGAAGCCUGAGAAGGACUUCUCCAAGGACGCCGACAAGCUGAUUCCGGAGACAGAGGCACUCGCCAAGACCGAUGUUCAGAGUGCGAUCGAUAAGCUGUUGCUGUUGGAGAAGCAAGCACGACAGGCUUCCGAUCUUGCUACUACCUCGCGCCUCUUGAUCGCCAUCGUCACCAUCAGCAAGAACUCCGGCGACUGGACCCUCCUCAACGACCAAGUGCUCCUGCUCUCAAAGAAACAUGCCCAACUCAAGCAGGCCACAACGCGCAUGGUACAGGAGGUGAUGAAGUUCUUGGAUGAUACCCCGAACCUGGAUGUCAAGUUGUCUGUCAUCGAAACUCUACGGACGGUCACCGAGGGAAAGAUCUUCGUCGAAGUCGAGCGUGCCCGCGUCACACGAAUCCUUUCGAAUAUUAAGAAGACGCAAGGCGAUAUCAAUGCGGCGGCGGACAUCCUAUGCGAGCUGCAGGUGGAAACAUUUGGGUCGAUGACGAGACGGGAGAAGACCGAAUUCAUUCUGGAGCAGGUUGCUUUGUGUAUUGAGCGUGGCGACUGGACACAGGCUUCGAUUCUGAUCCGCAAGAUCAACAAGCGUUAUUUCAAUCGCAAACCGAAGAAGAGCGCCGAGGAGAUUGAGGAGCUCAAGAAGCAAGCGGAGGAGCGAGAGAAGACCCGUGGGCCGGAUGAGGCUCCCAUGGAGGUGGAUGAUGAUGUGACUGAUCUCAAGCUGCGCUACUACGAUCAGCAGAUUAUUCUGGCAAACCAUGACUACAAGUACCUUGAUGUCUGCAAGCACUACCGAGAAGUCCUGGACACCGAGGCAGUUGAGAACAACCCGGAGCAGCUGCGCGCGUCCCUCGCACGCAUUGUCUAUUAUAUUGUCUUGUCCCCCUACGACAACGAGCAGUCAGAUCUGCUGCACCGCAUCCAACAAGAUUCGCGGCUAUCACAGGUUCCUGAGGAGGCCCGUCUUGUUAAGCUGUUCACCAUUCCCGAGCUUAUGCGCUGGCCCAUGGUCUCCGAGCAAUUCGGUCCCCACCUGUGUGGCACCGAUGUGUUCGAUGCCGAAGCCAAACAGUCCACUGAGAACCAGGCCAACCGAAGAUGGCAGGAUCUGCGCAAGCGUGUCAUCGAGCAUAACGUGCGGGUAGUGGCUAAAUACUACACUCGCAUCCAGAUGGGCCGACUCACCCAACUUCUGGACCUGACUGAGGAAGAGACGGAGAAGUACAUUAGCGAUCUGGUCACCUCCAAGACUAUCUACGCUAAGAUUGACCGGCCCGCACGGCUGGUCAAUUUCGCCAAACCUCGGGAUGCGGAUGACGUUCUGAACGAGUGGAGUAGCGAUAUGAAGAGCCUGCUCGGUCUUCUGGAACGCAUUGAUCAUCUCAUCACCAAGGAGGAGAUGAUGGCUCGCAUCCUGCCGACUCGUGGUGACAAGCCCAAGGCUCGUUAA